CCCUUGUUUAGUUAACACAGACACUCCUUUUUUCAACAUUCUCUAGGCCGGCGGCCACCUUUUACCAACUCGUGAAGAGAAAACAGCCAUUCGCUUUUGGAUAUCCUCGGGCAGAGCAACACCUUACCACUACCGACCAUGUAUUUCACAACCGCCACCGUGCUGGCCCUUGCCAGCAGCGUCUCGGCCCACACCUUGAUGUACAGCGCCUGGGUCAACGGAGUCGACCAGGGCGACGGCCGCAACGUCUACAUCCGCUCUCCUCCCAACAACUCUCCGGUGAAGGACCUCUCGAGCCCUGACCUCGUCUGCAACGUCAACGGCGGCAAGGCCGCAUCCUCCUUCGUCUCAGCCGCCGCCGGCGACACGCUCACCUUCGAGUGGUACCACAACACGCGCGGCGACGACAUCGUCGACCUCUCCCACAAGGGCCCCAUCAUUACCUACAUCGCCCCGUACACAGAAGGCAACGGCGCGAGCGCCAUCUGGACCAAGAUUGCCGAGGACGGGUUCGCCAACGGCAAGUGGGCCGUCGAGACGCUGGUCGCCAACAAGGGCAAGUACGACUUCAAGCUGCCCUCGAGCCUCGCCGCGGGCAAGUACCUCGUUCGUCAGGAAAUCAUUGCCCUGCACGAGGGCGACGUCGCGUACAGCUCCAACCCGGCCCGUGGCGCCCAGUUCUACCCGUCUUGUGUGCAGGUCGAGGUGACCAGCGGCGGCUCGGCUGUCCCCAGCGAGAACUUUGACUUCAACACAGGCUACACCUACUCGGACCCGGGCAUCGUCUUCAACAUCUACGGGUCUGUCACCAGCUACCCCAUCCCCGGCCCGGAGGUCUGGAGCGGUGCGUCCUCGGGCGGCGGUUCUGCUCCGGUCGCUAGCUCCUCGACCCGUGUUGCGAGCUCGACCGCUGUCGCCGCUCCUACUUCCACCGCUGCCGCCUCCACCACGGCGGUUGCUUCGCCCACCACCACCCUCGUUACCUCGGUGAGAACCUCGUCGGCUCCGGCGGCCACGAGCACGACGCCCUCGAAGCCCAGCUGCGGUGGCAAGAGGAAGAGGAGGAGCGUUUCGAGGGCCAAGAAGGUCAAGAAGACGGCUAUUGGUGUUUAAAUGAUGGUCUGACAGACACCCAACUGAGCAGCCGGUGGUUUUUCGCUUGCUGUUCUUGCACCCCGCCACGGGGGUGGAUUUUGAUGGCAC